AUGAAAAAGUUAUGGGCUUUACCUAUUCCACAUAACAUGAAAAUCUUUCUUUGGAGACUUCUUAGAGACUGUCUUCCUUCACGCCAACGCCUUCAGCAAAAGGGAGUCCCUUGUACCUCCCUUUGUCCCCACUGUGAAGCUGCACAAGAAAAUAACUGGCACAUUUUCUUUGGUUGUCAAGAAGCACAAACCGUAUGGCAAGCAACUGGCAUAUGGCAACAUAUUAAAUCCUUAGUAGAUGUAGGUGAAGGAAUUGUCGAGGUCAUCUUUUCCUUACUUGGCAGCAUAUCUCAAAGCCAUAUUGUUGAAGUCGUGGUCACGCUUAGCUGUAUCUGGAGGCGUCGGAAUGCUAAGGUGUGGGAUCAGGGCGCCCCACCUUCAGGAGUAGCCACCUCACAAGCAAAGCAAUAUUUUCGAGAUUGGCAAGCGGCACAAGCAAGAUCGUCGACACAAAGGACCCCUCCCGUACACGAUCUACAAUGGAAAAAGCCCCAUGCAGGGACGUUUACGUGCAAUAUCGACGCUGCUCUCUUCCAGGACUCAUCUUACUUUGGGUAUAGCAUGUGCAUUCGAAAUGAUCAUGGACAGUUUCUCACAGCCAAAACUGGUUGGGCUCAUGGCCUGCCACCUGUUCAUGAGGCUGAAGCUACAGCUCUACUUACAGCCAUCCAAUGGAUAGUAACUUUGAGCCUCACCCACGUUACCAUUGAGUCGGAUUGUAAAUCUGUCCUUGAUGCUCUAUCUGGGACUCAAUCACAUCACUCAGAAUAUGGGUCUCUUCUUAAUAAGUGUAGAGGAUUGCUACACAAUCAUCCGAACUUAUCACUAAAGUUCAUUCCGAGGCAAGCCAAUCGGGUCGCUCACUGUUUAGCUAGGGUGUCACGAUGUUAUGCUAGCUCUCACAUCUUUGAAUUUAUUCCCUCAUGUAUUGCUCCAAUUAUUUUGAAUGAAAUGACAUAA